AUGGCCGGACCCAGUGACAAGGCGCGCUUCUACCUCGAGCAGUCGGCGACGGAGCUGAACGAGCUCGAGCGCAAAAAGAUCUUCACUCGAGCGCAGGAAGAGAUCAGCUCCAUAGCAAAGAAGCGUUCCGACUUCGAGCACAUAAUCAAUGCCCGCGGCUCCCACCCCUCCGACUACCUGCGAUACAUUGAAUUUGAGAAGAACGUCGAUGCGCUGCGCCGAAAGCGCAUAAAGCGACUGGGCGUACGCUACAAGGGCGCUGGACAGCGAACCAUAUAUUUUCUCUACAACCGCGCGACCAGGAAGUUCUCCGGUGACCUCACGCUAUGGAUGCAGUACAUCGACUUUGCGCGCAAGGACAAGGCGUACAAGAGGUUGAACGACAUCUUCACAUCGGUUGCACGACUGCACCCGACCAAGUCAGAGAUAUGGGUGCAUGCCGCAAACUACUUCAUGGACACCCAAGCCGACAUCACAAACGCGCGCAGCUACAUGCAGCGAGGACUAAGAUUCUGCAAGAAUUCCGAGUACCUGUGGCUGGAAUACGCCCGGCUCGAGACCAUCUACGUGGGCAAGAUUGCUGGGCGGAGGAAGAUUUUGGGUCUGGAAGUUGACCACACGAAGACGCAGACGACGACAGAAGACGAGGAUGUAGAUAUGAUCACGCUGCCAACAGUCACAGCAGAGGACAUCGACCCUAGCCUCAAACAGGAUGAGGGUGUCGAUGAGGUGGCUCUGCAGAAUCUGGCUGCGGCGCCCGUGCUUACGGGAGCUAUUCCGCUGGCCGUCUUCGAUUCUGCCAUGAAGCAGUUUCAGGGCAAACCACGAGUCGCGGAGAAUUUCUUCGCCAUGUUUGCCGAGUUUGAACAGCUGGCGUGCAUUCCGCGUAUAUUGCAGCACGUGCUCGACUUCCUGCAGCAGACGGCGCCUCAGUCUCUGGAGACUUCUAUCUGCGAGUUCCGCAUGCAGCUGUUUGGCCGCAGUCCCGCCGACCCAGAGUUUCCUCCAGCGCUGGCGGAUGCGCUCGACCUGAUAAGCACCGCUACCUCGCGACACCCGAGUAUGGUCGCACGGGUGGCCGAAGUCGCCGUCCGCGAGCUGUUAUCUCUGCAACGGCUAUCUGCGGAUACAGACCCGGCAGUACAGACGGUGAUAUCAAAGAUGCUCCGAAAGUACACGCGCGCGCUUGACCAAGAAGCGGGCGAUAAGAUUGUCGAUCUGGCAAAGGCACUACAGGAGGAGGGAAAGAGAUACGACGCGGAGGCGCUGAUACGAUCGAGCGCGAAGCACUACAGUGCGAAUGAAGAGCUGCAGCAGCUGUGCGCGGCGUUAGAUACUUGA